GUGUAAGAAAAGCCCGUCUGAUAAACCAGCACUUACGGAAAGAUGUCCUUUGAGGCAGCCAGGCUGAGCAUGAGGAAGAGAAGAAAUGGCACCUUGGACAGCACCCGGACCCUGUACUCCAGCAUGUCACGGAGCACGGACUUGUCUUACAGUGAGAGUGACUUUGUGAAUUUUAUUCAAGCAAACUUUAAGAAACGAGAAUGUGUCUUCUUUACCAAAGAUUCCAAGGCCACGGAAAGCGUGUGCAAGUGUGGCUAUGCCCAGAGCCAUCACAUAGAAGGCACCCAGAUCAACCAAAAUGAGAAAUGGAAUUACAAGAAACACACCAAGGAGUUUCCCACCGACGCUUUUGGGGACAUUCAGUUUGAGACUCUGGGAAAGAAAGGCAAGUACAUCCGCUUGUCCUGUGACACGGACGCGGAGCCCCUCUACGAGCUGCUGACCCAACACUGGCACCUGCGGACGCCCAACCUGGUCAUCUCCGUGGCGGGUGGCGCCAAGAACUUUUCGCUGAAGCCGCGCAUGCGCAAGAUCGUCAGCCGCCUCAUCUACAUUGCGCAGACCAAGGGUGCUUGGAUUCUCACAGGGGGUAUCCAUUAUGGCCUGAUGAAGUACAUCGGGGAGGUGGUGAGGGACAACACCAUCAGUAGGAACUCAGAGGAGAACAUUGUUGCCAUCGGCAUAGCAGCUUGGGGCAUGGUCUCCAACCGGGACACCCUCAUCAGGAAUUGUGAUGCUGAGGGAUGUUUUUCAGCCCAAUACAUUAUGGAUGACUUCUCGAGAGACCCCCUGUAUAUCCUGGACAACAACCACACCCAUUUGCUGCUUGUGGACAAUGGCUGUCACGGACAUCCCGCAGUUGAAGCGAAGCUGCGGAGUCAGCUGGAGAAGUACAUCUCCGAGCUCACUAUUCCAGAUUCCAACUAUGGUGGCAAGAUCCCCAUUGUGUGUUUUGCCCAAGGAGGUGGAAAAGAGACUUUGAAAGCCAUCAAUACCUCCAUCAAAAGUAAAAUUCCUUGUGUCGUGGUGGAAGGCUCAGGCCAGAUUGCCGAUGUGAUCGCCAGCCUGGUGGAGGUGGAGGAUGCCCUGACGUCGUCCAUCAUCAAGGAGAAGCUGGUGCGUUUUCUACCUCGCACGGUGUCUCGGCUGCCUGAGGACGAGACUGAGAACUGGAUCAGAUGGCUCAAGGAAAUUCUUGAAAGUUCUCACCUAUUAACAGUUAUUAAAAUGGAAGAAGCUGGGGAUGAAAUCGUGAGCAAUGCUAUCUCCUAUGCUCUGUAUAAAGCCUUCAGCACCAACGAGCAGGAUAAGGAUAACUGGAACGGGCAGCUGAAGCUUCUGCUGGAGUGGAACCAGCUGGACUUAGCCAACGAUGAGAUUUUCACCAAUGACCGCCGAUGGGAGUCUGCAGACCUUCAGGAAGUCAUGUUCACGGCUCUCAUAAAGGACAGACCCAAGUUUGUCCGCCUCUUUCUGGAGAACGGCUUGAACCUGCGCAAGUUCCUCACCCACGACGUGCUCACCGAGCUCUUCUCCAGCCACUUCAGCACCCUCGUGUACCAGAACCUGCAGAUCGCCAAGAACUCCUACAAUGACGCCCUCCUUACCUUUGUCUGGAAACUGGUUGCAAACUUCCGCAGAGGCUUCCGGAAGGAAGACAGAAAUAGCAAGGAUGAGAUGGAUGUAGAAUUCCACGAUGUGUCUCCUAUUACCCGGCACCCCCUGCAAGCACUGUUCAUCUGGGCCAUUCUUCAGAACAAGAAGGAACUCUCCAAAGUCAUAUGGGAACAGACCAGGGGCUGUACUCUGGCAGCCUUGGGGGCCAGCAAGCUCCUGAAGACUCUGGCCAAAGUGAAGAACGACAUCAAUGCUGCCGGGGAGUCGGAGGAGCUGGCGAAUGAGUAUGAGACCCGUGCUGUCGAGCUGUUCACGGAGUGUUAUAGCAGUGAUGAGGACUUGGCAGAGCAGCUGCUGGUCUAUUCCUGUGAAGCUUGGGGUGGGAGCAACUGCCUGGAGCUGGCAGUGGAGGCGACAGACAGGCACUUCAUCGCCCAGCCCGGGGUCCAGAAUUUUCUUUCCAAGCAAUGGUAUGGAGAGAUUUCUCGGGACACCAAGAACUGGAAGAUUAUUCUGUGUCUGUUUAUUAUACCCUUGGUGGGCUGUGGCUUUGUAUCAUUCAGGAAGAAGCCCCAGGAGAAGCACAAGAAGCUGCUCUGGUCCUACGUGGCCUUCUUCACCUCGCCCUUUGUGGUCUUCUCCUGGAACGUGGUCUUCUACAUCGCCUUCCUGCUGCUCUUCGCCUACGUGCUGCUCAUGGACUUCCACACGGUGCCCCAGCCCCCGGAGCUGGUCCUCUACGCGCUGGUCUUCGUCCUCUUCUGUGAUGAAGUGAGACAGUGGUACAUAAAUGGGGUGAAUUAUUUUACCGACCUGUGGAAUGUUAUGGACACGCUGGGCCUUUUUUACUUCAUAGCAGGAAUUGCAUUCCGGCUCCACAAUUCUAACAAAACUGCUCUGUAUUCUGGAAGAGUCAUUUUCUGCCUGGAUUACAUUAUUUUCACUCUAAGGCUGAUCCACAUUUUCACCGUAAGCAGAAACUUAGGACCCAAGAUUAUAAUGUUACAGAGGAUGCUGAUCGAUGUGUUCUUCUUCUUGUUCCUCUUUGCGGUGUGGAUGGUGGCCUUUGGGGUGGCCAGACAGGGGAUCCUCAGGCAAAACGAGCAUCGCUGGAGAUGGAUAUUCCGCUCGGUCAUCUAUGAGCCCUACCUGGCCAUGUUCGGCCAGGUGCCCAGUGAUGUGGAUGGUACCACCUAUGACUUCUCCCACUGCACCUUCACGGGGAACGAGUCCAAGCCCCUGUGUGUGGAGCUGGAUGAGCACAACCUGCCACGCUUCCCCGAGUGGAUCACCAUCCCGUUGGUGUGCAUCUACAUGCUGUCCACCAACAUCCUGCUGGUCAACCUGCUGGUCGCCAUGUUUGGCUACACCGUGGGCACUGUGCAGGAGAACAACGACCAGGUGUGGAAGUUCCAGAGGUAUUUCCUGGUGCAGGAAUACUGCAGCCGCCUCAACAUCCCCUUCCCCUUCGUCGUCUUCGCCUACUUCUACAUGGUGGGGAAGAAGUGCGUCGGCUGCUGCUACAAGGAGCGGGCCGAGUCCUCCGUCUGCUGUUUCAAAAAUGAGGACAAUGAGACUCUGGCGUGGGAAGGUGUCAUGAAGGAAAAUUACCUUGUCAAGAUCAACACCAAAGCCAGCGACACCUCAGAGGAAAUGAGGCAUCGGUUUAGACAACUGGAUACAAAGCUUAAUGAUCUCAAGGGUCUUCUGAAAGAGAUUGCUAAUAAAAUCAAAUAAGACGGCAUGAAUUCUAAUGGAGAAAAAUCUAAUUAUAGCAAGGUAACAUCAAAGUCUGCUGAUGAACGAUUUUGCUAUUGACGAAGUGAGGGUCUUUCAGGCUUCUGAAUAAUAGCGGAGGCACUUCAAUCCCCCUGUUUGCUGAAGUCUGGGAAUAAAGCAUAUGGUUGAUUUAGCACAUGAAGAUGGAUAUAAAGGAAGCACAUUUCCUGGAAGGUCUUGUCUUGGUGCCUGGGACUGGGAGUCGUCGCUUUUACCUGCGUGCUUGCAGCCUCCCCGACCCAGUCUCACAGGAGAACAUGGCUUCUGCCGACAAGGACUGGUCAUGCUUUCCCUCCUGUAAUGUCAUUUUGUUUAUUUCAAAUUGAUUCUUUACUUUUCCCUUUUUUUGGAAUCAUGUGAUGAAUUAGUUGGCAAAUUGUUAAAAGUCUCCUGGAUUGGGCCAGAUUCUAAAAUGGGCUGUAUGUAACAAGAGCACCCUGCUCUGUUCAGAACAAACUUUUUAUUUCUCACGAUGCUGCGCACCUGUCACAGGACGAGGUACAGCAGGGUCUUGGCCUCUUAGAUGCACCAGGAACGCCUAUUGAGGGAAUCGUCUCGUUCCUAACAAUGUGAAAAUUCUCUCACACUGGAACCUUCUGAGGCACUCCUGAUUUUAUUUUCACGGGGUGCUCCUCUUAUUUCUUAGUUUUUCCAUUAAAAAUAAUACACGAAUAUUAUAGAAAAUUUAGACUACAUGCAGAGGUAGAAAGAACAAAUUGCCCCUCACUACCUAAAGGUAAUCACUGCUUACAUUUCUGGAUGUUUUCCAGGUCUGUUUUUUCUAUACAUGUUUCAUUUCUCUUUUAAAAUUUUACAUGAUGUCAUCAUCAUAAUACUUAUAUGCAAUGUUAUGUAAGCUUUCUCAUUUGCAUUUUAUCACAGUUUUCAUUGUAUUUAUGGUCUUCUUAAGCACUACAUCAGUAAUUGCAUGCUAUUCAACCUGUAGUGGGUUCCAUCAUGUUGGUCAUUGAAAGCUAUUUCCAAUUGAUCAUCAGAAUUAGCGUUUUUGUGCAUGAAUCUUUUUGCUCCAUUCGGGGAAAGUUUUCCAAGACUAGAUGCCAAGAAAUACCUAUUGAUUAUCCAGCCACAUGUAGGUCUUUUUCAUAAAUGUAUAGCAAAUAGAAAUUGUUAACUUGAGUGUAAGAUAUGAAAUACACGCACGUCCGACUAUUAAGAUAUCAUAUUUAAUCUUUAGGAAGAAGCCAAUAUGCUUAUUUAAAUAUAGGUGUUGAAGGCAAUGGCAUAGAAUUAAAAAGACUGUGUUAUUGAACACUCCCAGUUGUAGCUUUCUCUGGAAGGGCUAGUAUCUGAGCCGGACCAACAUAGGAAUUUAAAUUUAUUAGUUCUUCAGCUUUGAUUAGACUAUAAACGCAGUGGUUGAAGGAGGAAGCUAUGAAAAAAUCAUCUCAUUAGAAAAAUUACAAACGCAUUAACCCCCAAAAGUUGAUUUUCCUGGGCAGUAGUAAAAAUGGCUACUCACAGCAUUUGUAAUGUUUGCAGAGGAGGAACGCAGAUAACGUGUCCUUUUACUUAAACCUUCAUACUGGCCUAAAGGGGAAUCUUAUUCAAUUGGGCCAAUCAAUUCCUGGCUUCAAAUGCUGAAAGUAGAUGGAACAAAAUUUACAUGACAAAAAUUGUCAAUGAAUGGACCAUUCAGAAUUUCGCUGUGAGAGAGAGAAUUUCACUGUCAUCUCACCAUGGCAACUCAAAUCUCUGCCUCUUUUGAAACCCCCGAGAAGAUGGUAAUGUCAUCCCCAUACUGCCUGAAAACCUAAAGUAUAUGAUGGCACCUGAGAUUGUACAGAAAGAAACAGCUCACAACCUCAUACCCUGAAUUCUAGUAGGGAAUUUGAAUAAAAUUAGAAAAUUAAAUGUAAAAUUCCCAGAAGAUAAAAUGUAGCAUAAUCUAUUUUCUGAUCUCCCUUUAACUAAUUCAUCCGUAAGUUGGUAUUUCCACCAGCCGUGUUUCUGUGAGCUUCAGAAACAGACCUGUGUGCACAUCACCAUUGGCAGCAAAAGAAAUCCUCUCAUUAACGCUAAACAGAAAAAGCCCACAGGACUCCGAGCUCACUUGUAUCAGAGAGGGAGCUGUUCAGUGUUUUCAACUCAGCUUGACUGGGGGAUGUUUUUGUGUGGUCACCCUACCGGAUUUUUGCUUGUGUACAGCCUUUGUUUCCAGUGUAGCUCAUGAAAAUGGCACACGUGUCGAACAUAUCUCUGAUCCAAGGUGCUACAUCCUCGUGUGGGAACGAACGGUGUCCGUGCCCUCGUGGGCUGAGAAUCCCGCAGCCUGGUGUGAAUGGAGGUGUU